ACCGACUGUGAAGCAUUUCAAUAGAAAUAAUAUAAAAAGGCGAUCGAAGUCCUAUAUUCCAACGUCUUUAUCAAUCGUGGUUUUCUCUCGGACAGUCAAUCACUCAACAAUCAUGAAGAUUCAAAACUCGGUCUUAGCCUUAGCGGCUCUCGCCUUCGCGGGACCCAUCACUGAGCGACAGAGCUCACCGUACGUGGGGCCUGAGAAUGGCACACUAGUUAUCAUAGGAGGAAACGCUCAGGAUGAUGCGAUUUACCAACGCAUUAUCGACCUAGCUGGAGGACCUGAUGCUCCUAUUGUUACUAUCCCUACAGCUGAAGGAAGCGAUACAUACGACGAUGAUGCCGCAUCCGCGGGUACCUUCCGAAGGCUUGGCAGUAAGAACGUCACUGUCCUCCAUACCUACGACCCAAAGGUCGCCGACACGGAAGAGUUCGCGGCUCCGCUGCGAACUGCUAAGGGUGUGUUCUUUGGUGGCGGUCGACAGUGGCGCUUAGUCGAUGCAUACGCGGGUACGCUCACGGAGCGCUUAUUCCACGAGGUGCUCGACCGCGGCGGCGUUGUGAGCGGAAGCUCAGCAGGAGCGUCGAUUCAGGGAAGUUUCCUUGCCCGUGGCGAUACGGCCAACAAUCAGAUCCUAGUUGGCGACCAUCAGGUAGGCUUUGGUUUCGUGAAGGACGUGGCCAUCGACCAGCAUGUGCUUGUGCGAAACCGCCAAUUCGAUAUGUUCGAUAUCCUCAAAGUCCGGCCCGAGCUAUUGGGAAUUGCUAUUGAUGAGAACACUGCGCUUAUAGUGUCAAAGAAUAAUGCUGAAGUAUACCGUGGCACUUAUGUGAUAUUUUACGACGGAGGUUUCUGGUCAAGGGAAGGAAGCGAUCUUAAACAUCUUCCAAAUAGCUCGUCUAUUUUCUAUUUCCUUAAGGAUGGCGAUAAGUACGAUUUAGGGAAACGGCAGGUGGUUGUCGAAUAAUUAUUCGGGCAGCUGAGACGAAACUGCAUAUAGAUUCCGCAUGAUUUCCUGGAUCUUUCUAGGUGCGGAGUGUUGAUAUAGAGAUAAUCCUAAGAAUUAUACUCGAUUACUUAAAUUGUAGAAUCAUAAUAUGAACGAAGUUGAAAAGAG